AUGGCCCGCCAGUUCCGCAUCGCCGCCGCCCAGAUGGGCUCCACCCACUAUGCGGAUGCGCGCGAGAAGACGCUCGGCCGGAUGCUGGCCCUGUUGGACGAUGCCGUGGCCAAGGGCGCGCAGGUGGUUCUGUUUCCCGAGACGGCCUUUGGCACAUUCUUCCCGCGCCACCUGAUCACGGACGAGGCCGAGCUGGACUCGUUCUUCGAGCACGGCGAUGUGGUGACACAGCGAUACAACGCCUGCAUCUUUUACGACGGCCGUUCGGGCGCCACGCUGAGCAAGUACCGCAAGAUCCACCUGCCGGGCGACGUCGAGCCGUGGGCCGACCCGACCGCGCUCAACCAGCUGGAGAAGCGCGACCACAGCGAUCCCAUCUUCGGCAUGAUGAUCUGCAACGACCGCCGCUGGGCCGAGUCGUGGCGCGUGCUGGGCCUGCAGGGCGUCGACGUCGUUCUGGUCGGCUACAACACGCCCGGCUUCGCACCACACCUCUACGGCGGCUCCGCGGCCGAGGCCACCACCGAGGAACGUGCCCGCGCCACCGAGCAGGCCCUCUUCCAGCAUCGCCUCGUCAUGCAGGCCCACAGCUACACCAACGCCUGCUUCAGCGUCUGCGCUGCCCGCGCCGGCCUCGACGACGGCCGCUACGACCUCAUCGCCGGCAGCUGCAUCGUCGGCCCCGAAGGCAACAUCCUCGCCGAGGCCACCACCGACGGCGACGAGGUCGUCGUAGCCGACAUCGAUCUCGACGCCUGCCCGCCCGGCCCGCCUGCGCACCUUUGA